AUAUAAUCCACACCAAUGAAUUCUCUGAGAUAUAUCUCAUACAAAUGUUCUAUUUCUUUUUCAGUGUUUUGUAAAGAAAGCACAACCUCAACAAGCAAUGGUACUUUCUAUUGGCCAAUUACAAAAAUAGGAACUGAUGUGACGAUCCCAUGUCAUGCAAAUGUAGCAACGAGACACUGUUCCUCCGGAGAGAUGGUACAUCUAGAAAUGCCAACAAAUCAGUAUGGCACAUCACCAAAAUGUUCACCAUUCACUGGCGUCUGGCAAGAACCAGACAUGUCUCAAUGUUACAAUACAGAGGGGAUCACUCAACAACUAAAGAACAUCACAAGUGAAGAUAUCAAUGAAGAAAAUGUUGAGGAGGUUUCAACAAUACUCAGCAAUAUUUCCAAGAAAUCAGUUUAUUUCAAAGCAGAAGAUAUUGACUUGGCUGUUGAUAUUCAAGAGAAAAUGCUGCCAUUGAUAUCGAAUGUGUCCGCCGAUAUAACACUAAAGAAUAUACUUCCUAGUAUCAACAAUAUGAUAGACACACCGGAAGAGAUUUUGGUUGAAGCAGAACAAUCAGAUGGAACUGGGAGCAGAUUGCUGGACAUUAUAGAAGCAAUCCCUGAAGAAAUUCCACUGGAAGGGCAGCAACUCACAGUCUUACAUCCUAAUCUUGGUAUUGGUGCCAUCAAAGUGGAGAAGGACACAUUCAAUGGGGCUGUCUAUGGUAUUUCAUUUGGAAAUAAAGAAAACGAAGCAAAGACAAUGGUACAGUACUUUCUUAUGAUUUCUCCCUUAUUAACCGUUUGUUCUAAAUAUCCAAAUUGAUAAAAUACAUUACGG